AUGAUGAGCAACAACGAAGAACUUGACAGUCAUUCUAGUACCAUCACAAAUGUGGCAACUACUCCUACAAUAGUAGUUUCUCCUAAAGUAGCACCUUUGCUCACUCCUAGAGGAACAAAAGAAUGGCUUCCAAUAUGCCCCAAUGAGUUGAAACCAGCUAUAGGGAUGAAGUUUAAUAAUCUUGAAGAGGGCCUUGAAUUUUAUAAAAGAUACGCAUUUGCUGCUGGAUUCAACACAAGAAAGUCUACAACUAAAAGGCAAAGAAGAAGCAAAGAAUUGAAAUCACAGUAUAUCUUAUGCAAUAAAGAAGGAUACAAAGAGAAAAGAAAGCCUACUAUUGAAAAAGAUUCAAAUAACAACGAAGGAGAAAGCAAUGAAGAAAAAACUUCAAUCAAAAGGAAGAGACUCGUUACUCGUGUUGGGUGCAAGGUGAAUAUUGGUCCUGUUGCAACUUUUCGAAUGAUGAAGGAAAUUGUUGGAGGAUAUGAUAACAUCGGUGCAUCUAAGCAAGAUUUCAAAAAUUUUCAUAGAGAUUUGAAAGCAUACAUUCAAGGAAGUGAUGCUCAAAUGUUCGUGGAUAACUUUACCAACAAAAAGCUAAUGUGGAGUGCUUUUUUCUUUGAUUUUGAGAUGGAUGAAGAUUAUUGCCUUUGUAGAGCAUUAUGGGCUGACCCCCUUUGUAAAAAGAGUUACGCUCUUUUUGGUGAUAUGAUUCUAUUACAGAUUGUGAGUGCGUGGGUUGACCAUCGUAAGAGCUGGAUUACUUUUGCUGCUGGUUUCAUAGCGAAGGAAGAUAUAGUGUCAUUUGAGUGGUUGUUCAGAUCAUUUCUUAAAGCAAUGGGUGGAAAUGAACCGAAUUGUAUGAUUACAGAUCAAGAUCCAGCAAUGAAAAUUGCUGUUAAAAGUGUGUUUAACAAGACUGAACAUCGGUUCUGUAUGUGGCACAUAAUGAAAAAGUUACCAGAUAAGGUGGAGAAAUCAAUCAUGCAAGAAGAAACUGGUUUCCUAAAAAAAUUAUGUGCUUGUGUUUGGCAUCUUGAAAUUGAACCUGCUGAGUUUGAAGAAAGGUGGAACAAGGUGAUGGUUGAAUACCACUUGGAAGAACAUGAGUGGUUAGGUUAUAUGUACAAGAUAAGGAACAAGUGGAUUUCGGCGUAUUUCAGAGAUGUGUUCCUUGGAGGAAUAAUGCGUACAACAUCAAGAUCCGAAAGCGAAAAUAACUUUUUCUGCUCCUUUAUCAAUCCUCAUGUGUCACUUGUUGAGUUUUACUUGAGAUAUGAAGCUGCAAUUGAUGCCCAGAGACACACUCAAGGUUAG